CUUUUGUGCGUUAGAGUGUGCAUUAUUGGUGUCAAAGGAACUGAGUUUAUUGUUGAGCUAGUCCGCCAUCUUGUGGCAGCUUCUUGCGCCGCAGCGUCCGUCUGUUUGAUAUGUUUUCGUCUCUCUGUUGUCCCUCAUAACUCACCAACUUGCACCUUUAACUUUAAAAUACCUGCCGUGUGUAGGACGGAGUUCAGCUUUACUUUUUAUCCAUUCGGAUUUUAAACGGGUUCAGUCGCUGUGUGUAACCUGACACUGGGGGCAGGGCUACCUUUCUGGUUGUCGACUACAUUUCUCAUUCGGGUGGGGCAGGUUUUCUUAUCUACCAUCCGCACUUUCACCGUCUGAUUCUUAGCGGUGUGAAAAGACUCACAGGACACCAGCAGACGCAGCUCGAACGGACUCCCGGUUUAUUUCAUUUAAUUUUUUCCCCCCACGUCCUUCUUCGUACACCUUUUGAUCAAAAAUGUUCCGCUGUGGGCUCGCCUAUCCACGGUGCAGGUGGGUAAUGCCCCUGCUGCUGCUUUUCGCCAUAAUUUUUGACAUUAUUGCCAUCGCGGCCCAGUCCGGGUGGAUCCAGGACCGGGACAAUACUCACUACUCCAGCAUGUGGAAAGACUGCCGAUGGUUGGGUGAGGAAUCGGACUGCUCAAGCCUCAUGGACGAGCGUUGGGCUCAGACCGUGGCAGCUCUGAUGAUUGUUGGCCUCCUCAUCCUUGUCAUUGCUUUCAUCAUCUGCACCGUUACCAUGUGUACUGACCCCUCUUCGUUCGCUUUAAUUGCCUCUGGAGUUCUGCUUUUUAUUGUUGCACUCCUCCAGUUCAUCGGUCUGAUCAUCUACCCCGUCAAUUUCAACUACAGGAUCUUCGAGGGUGAAUACGAAUACACCUGGGCCUACGGGUUCGGGUGGGGCGCCACCAUCAUCUGCUUGGGCUGCAGUUUGAUCUUCUGCUGCAUAACUUCUUGCAUAAACAAGAUAAACGGAGAUGAGAAGAUCGAAUACUUUAUCACUCAUUAAUAGCGACAGAAUCUCCCGACCCGCCCAGUCACAGCAGUUCCCCCCGCUCCCACUUCUCUCUGUCACUGAAAACUAACAUUUUGUUCGACACUGGAAGCAUUCCUCCCCUACCAUCCCUGAACAAAGUGGACUGUAACUGGGGGCCGUCCUAGCUUUAAUGCACACAGAUCUUGAUUUUAGAUUUUUUCAGCAUCUCAGCCCCGUCCCUUUUUUUAAUUUUUUUUUUAACAAAGCUAGACACUUUCCAUACGUUUUCCUCAGAAUUUUGCACACUCUUAUUCUCAAAGCAAUAACACCCAAGUGCAUUUAUCUUUAAAAGAGUUAGUUUUGUAUAAACCACAAGCAAUCCAGAAUCAUUUUUUUUGCACAGGAUGAAUGAAUGUUUAUCACCCUACAUUGUACCGUGUAAUUUGACAAAUAUUAAGUCUCCAUAGUGUAAUUAACUCUGCAAGUUUAGCCUGGCAGACGAAAGGAUAGGAAGGCCUGAAGAGGCUGAAUGUAAUCUGUACCAUCAGAAACGUACAUGUUGGUUAAAAAAGUGUUUUUUUAAAAUAAACUUACAGCCUGUCUCUGUUUGUUUUGAUGCGUUUAUAUGGUAAAGGCAAGAAAUGCUGUGCUUUGUUUGAAUGCAGUUGACUUGUCUUGAUGCUAAAGUAGAAUUAGAGAUGCUCUGAAUUCACAUUGGUGCAGAUGUUUAGCUACACCGUCACAGAAAUACUCCAGAUCCCUCAUUGUUUUUUGUUGUUACAGCAAUUACCUUUACCUUUAAUUAUAUUUAAGGUCUACAAGAAACAAAACCAAAAUAAAAAAAUAAAAAAUCAUAACACCCUGAAACAUAUUACUGCCAUUGUUCAAUAAGGAUGUCAAUACUGGUUAAAAGGGAACAAUAUGCAUGUAGAUUAUUUUGUUUUUAAUGUUAUAUUCAUGUCAGUUAUAUAUGAUCUUUAUAAUGGGUUUUUUUGUUGUUGUUUUUUUCCCCUGAAUUUUAAGAAUGCCACAGAGGCGCUGCCAGUUUGGUGAUAAAACACUGACCAAAGUUUCCAACACUGACUCACUGUGUGAAAAGAAGCUGUGCCUUUGUGUUUUCUCUGUGGUUAAUCCUGGAGCGUUUCAUUCUAGUGGAAGAGCUGGUUUUUACUCACGCCGUCUGCUUCGUGCCAGCACCGAUCUGCUUAGACAUGAUCAGGCCUCUUUGUUAGAUUUAUAUCCUGGAUUUCUGACGAACUCUGCUGUUGGGUGAGUCGGUACUUCAUCUGAUGCUUUGUCUCUCCAGCCCGGAGCUUCUUAGUUUCAUGUAUUUUAUGAGUAUGGUAGAAGUUUUAACCGUUAGUGGGCAUAAGUGUUUGUGUUCAGUGUGGACUUUUCACUGUAAAUCAUCCGUGCUUUACUGUAUUAAAAAGAAAUCUAAUAUUUUUCUUUCUGUACUCUGAGGUAUUUUUGGUAGGUUGUGUAUUUUUAAGCAAUAAAGAGUUUUUAUGUAGAAGAA